CUGCUGCUGCUGCUGCUGCUGCUGCUGCUCCUCCUCCUCCUCCUCCUCCUCCUCUCUCAGGUGGUCAGUCAUCUUUCUACUGUCGUGGUGAGAGGACACUUCUGGCCUGGGAUCAGGCACGUGUUUCUACACUUUUGCUGCACUGUACAUUUUGACGAAGUUUGAAGUCACCCUUCUGAAAGGAUGGAUCCCAUUAUGCAAGCAUCGUCGUCCUAGAGACAAGAAUUCACUUCUCUCCAAACACACGUUACACUUGGAAAAUACAUUAGCAACGCUCUGAAUAGACUAUCAUGUUUAGCAAGCACCCUCGUCUUAUAAACCGAAAUCAACAUUCCCGCAACCCUGACCCUCUGAUUAUCUUCAUGCACUGAAAAGAGUAAAAAGGCACAAUACAGUGACUGGAAAAAAACACAAAUAGCUAGCUUACCGUACAAAAUGCUUCAUUUAAUAUUAGGCGAUCAACAGCAUGCCACAUACACCUGAAAAAUGUUCCAGUGUACCUAAACCUGCUCAAAUUUAUCUACUUUACACGUCGAUAAUUUGAUUUUAUUGUAUAUUGUAAUCAGGAUUUACUGUUAUAUUGAGUUAACACGAGCAACUUUUUCUUGGUAUUUUAUCUAAAGGUUUUAAACUUAAGUUAAUAAAAGAUGGCUAGCAGGCAUUGGACGACGAUAUAUAUUCAUGGGUAUUUUCAUGAUAUAGAUAAUAGGGUGAAUGAGCGAUACUUCACUAUGAAAGUAGUCCUGUGACGAAGUCAUAAUACAUUUUAUCUACCUUUCAAGUAGUAGGACACUACACAACCUGAGGAAUCUUUUUAAGUUUGGUGAUUCUUAGCACAAGUGCACAAGCGACUGCUUAGUCGAUGACCUCAUCAUAUGACAGACUCUUCAGUAGAUAUUUAUCCUGACGAAAAAAAGAAAAGAACCAUCUUACCUUCCUGCCAAUAAUGGCAGUUACACGAACCUAUGUGAAAUCUGUCCGAAAAUUGACAACCUUGGCUCUUGUGUGCUUAUUUGUGAUGAUGGCUGCUUUGUCUUUUAACCUUCCCUUUUCGGCGUCCCUGCAAGCUAACAUUUCCAAGGAGUUCCUUCACUUGCCUCCAGCAGGGUCUGGUGAAGUGAAGGACCCCAGCAAGAUAACCAAUAAAUCCAACUCAAAAUAUUAUCACUUUGUAGAUGACGCUAGGCGUAAUCCUAAGAGUGCUCACAUUUCUAGUAACAACACACACAACGAAAAAGGCACAAACUAAGAGCAACAGAAGUGAUAAAGACAAAUUCGUUAAAACUAACAAAAGCUAUUAUAAGAAUAAAGUGAUCAUGAGGACACCAGAGCAAAGCAACGUGAAAUUUACAUCUCGCCAUCACAGAUCGAAAAUGUUGGACGCAUACCGGCGUCGAUUGCAGGUGUGGGGAGGAGAGCAGGGUAAGUGUGGGCAGAUUCAGGUCUUGUUUACUAAGAGGGGCUCACUGCCCCCAACUGCCCUGGCCUCAUACCCCGGCUCGGGCAACACGUGGACAAGAAACCUGUUGCAGAUAGCCUCUGGCAUCUUCACUGGCUCUAUCUACAAUGACCAACAACUUUAUGUAAACGGUUUCUUGGGGGAGAAGGACCCCUGGAACAGUGGAACUACAUUCACCCAAAAGACUCAUGACUGUAGUCCCUCGCACAUCAAGAAGUUCAAUAGUACGGGUAUCCUACUGUUGAGGAACCCUUACAGGGCCAUCCUGGCUUAUCAUAACUUCCUCUUCGGCGGACAUACUGGGUACGCUCCCAUGUCUAAUUAUCGAAGAAAAGAUUGGAGUGCCUUUGUUCACCUGCAAAUCAGGUCAUGGCUGGAGACGGCCAUCAACUGGACGACACAAGCUAAGAGGCUGCAGGUGCUGCACUACGAGAACCUGAAGGAGGAUCCUGUACCACAUCUCUCAAGUGUACUAGACUUCUUUGGCUUACCUCGUGAUGAUCUGAGAUUUACUUGCCUCCAGGAGCACGAUGACUGGAGAUUCAAGAGGAAACAAGUGUUUAUCCCAGAUAAUCUUGAGAUAUUUCAUCCCAGGGAGCGUGAUAAGAUAGAUCGUGCAGUCCGCUAUGUGAAUUAUCUCUUACGGAAGCACAAUCAUCCACAACUUCCUCUGCACCUCUAUGAGUUCUACAACAACACACCUUCAGACCAGUCGAUGAAGGUGCGAUGUGAAGCCGAGGAGACGAAAGCAGCUUGUGACGGCCGCGUUGAUCACAUGAAUCUUGCCCAGAGGAAAAGAGGAAAAAACACUAGGAAAAAUCAAACGAAUAUUGAAGAAAUAGAGAAUAACACAAAGAUGGAAGAAGCUCAAGAGGAGGAGGAGCAGGACCCACUGGAAAGGUUCGCUAGCACCAAAGUGGGAUGGUUCUUGACGCAGAUGUUUAACACCGUCAUGCGCUACACCAGGACUGACCCCAUCAGCAGAAUAGUCGGAGACUCACACCUACAAAAAGCUCUUCCUCUCAAUCUUCCACCCAUCCCAAGUUUUCUCAGCAAUGGGAAUGAAGACAACUCUAAUAGUUGAUUAUUAUAAUUAUAUGAAGCGCUAAACUCGUGUGGGUCGCUCAGUGUUGAAGACUAGAUCCUUCAUCUGCUAAUCACUCCCAGAAACCCUACAUUCGAAGCCAGGCGUCCCUCCAGAUCUGAAGUUAAGGACUGACUGAUCUGUGAACUCAGGUGACCAUUGACUCUAGCUUGAAAAGUUCACACGUUAACUUGAAAAUUUCUCAGUCAUUAUAUACUACUGUGCUAUUUUUUGUUAGUGCCUCGUUAUCCAGUGAACCUCGACUACCGCUUAUAAUAAUUAAUAAUAUUUUUAUUUCUACAAAUACAUGUACAAGGUAUACAGGCCUAGCUGACAUUAAUGACAUACUACUAUAUAGAAAGCUGCUUGUUAUGCUGAGCAUUUCGGGCAAAUUAGGUCAGUUGUCCCAUGAUGCGACCCACACCAGUCUACUAACACCCAGGUACCCAUUUUAUACUGAUUGGUGAACAGGGACAGCAGGUGUCUUAUGGAAACACGCUAGCGCUGAGUGCGCUAGCGUUCAAGGUACAUGGCUGUAACGUUUAGCAUUGAAGGUAUUUAUGACAAGUUAUUUUUGUCGGUUUUUAAAAUAUUUGAGAAUUUUCCAUUAUAUUUUUUCACCCGCACUAUAUCUCUGUAUAAACCUUUUGACGGUAAUCUCUUAAAUAUACUGAAUACUUGCACAACUGGUUUUACUUUUUAUUUUGCCCUUUUGAAUUUACUGGUUAAGAGCUUUUAUCUUACUGCAUAUCUAUCUAUGGUAUAGAAAUCCUAUAUGAUAUCACUCACAUACACAUGUACCUAUUUACUGUUAGGGUGAACCCUUGCUAAUGCAAGGGUGAAGAUAUGUUGCAGUUAUUGAACUGUAGUAUCGGCCGCCUCUGGCAAGACAGUGAUGAAGUAAAUGACGAUGAAAUUGUUUCUUCUUUUUUGGGUAACCCUGUCUUGGAAG